UCAUUCUACCGGAUAUCCGGUGGCGAGAGCCCAAUCACCCAGCGCCACAUUCCCCGGCCAUCAUUAAAUACUCCGAAAAUCGUUCGCCGGUGCUUCGGGUCAUGUGCAUAGUGAUGAAUCGAAUUGUUUAAUUUCAGCCGUACACAUAGAGUAGCUAGGUUCCACUCUAAUCAAUAGUAAUGGCCCUUUCGUCAAUCUCGCGGCUGCACCUCUCCUGGUGCGUCGUCGCGUUGUCAAUAAUUAGCUUGUACAAAGUUGAAUGUAUCGCAGUCAUGUCUGUGGACCUUGGUGUCGAAUGGAUGAAAGUUGCCAUUGUUUCUCCUGGAGUUCCUAUGGAAAUUGCCUUAAACAAAGAUUCACAAAGAAAAACGCCAGUCGCCAUUGCAUUCAGAGAUGGGGAACGGCAUUUUGGUGAACAAGCUGUCUCUACUGGUGUCAGGUUUCCGGACAAGAGCUACUCUCACUUCCUCGACCUGUUGGGGAAGGAGAGGAACAGCCCUGUGGUGAAGGAAUUUGAGCGUCGCUUCCCAUACUACCAGUUAGAGGCCGACCCCAAGACUGGCGGUGUCUUGUUCAGGCACCCAGAGAACAUGACCUUCACCCCUGAAGAACUGCUAGGCAUGAUUCUGGCCCACGCGAGGGAGUUUGCUUCAAAUGCUGCUGGGCAGACAAUCAAGGAUGUGGUGAUCACAGUUCCUGCAUUCUUCAACCAAGCAGAAAGGAGAGCACUUGCUCAGGCUGCUAACCUUGGGGGCCUCAAGCUGCUUCAGCUCAUUGGAGCCAACACUGCUGCUGCGCUGAACUACGGUGUUUUCCGCCGCAAGGAGUUCAACGACACGCCGGUGCACAUUCUGUUUUAUGACAUGGGUACUGGCAGCACCACGGCCACCAUUGUGGCCUACCAGACUGUCAAGACCAAGGACAAGAUUCUUGCCGAGCACGUGCCUCAGCUUUCCAUCAAGGGUGUCGGGUAUGAUCGUUUCCUGGGUGGCCUGGAGUUCAAGCUGCGAUUGGGCGAACGGUUCGCUCGGGAAUUCAGCGCGCUCAAGAAGACGAAGCAGGAUGUGUUUGACAACAAGCGUGGCCUGGCCAAGCUCUUCAAGGAGGCCGAUCGUGUCAAGAAAGUCCUAAGUGCCAACACUGAACACGUGGCCCAGGUUGAGAAUGUCAUGGAAGAUGUGGACUUCAAGCACCCCAUCACCAGGCCUGAGUUUGAGGAGAUCUGCGAUGACCUGUUCAAGCGUGUGUCUGCACCUAUCCACAUGGCUCUGUCAUCUGCUGGCAUGACAUUGGGUGAAAUCGACCAAGUGAUAGUGGUGGGUGGCAGCACCCGCAUUCCGCGUGUGCAGCAAGAGUUGCACGCUGCUCUGGGAAGCAACCGGGAACUGGGCAAGAGCAUCAACGCAGAUGAGGCAGCAGCGCUCGGCGCGGCCUAUCAGGCCGCCUACCUCAGCAAAGGUUUCAAGGUUAAGCUCUUCCAGGUCAAGGAGGCCAGCCUGUUCCCCAUUCAGGUGGACUUCAGCCGAGAUGUUGACACGGAUGGCGUCAAGAGCACAAAGGUGGUGCGACGUGUGUUGUUCAACAGGAACAACCCUUAUCCGCAAAAGAAGGUCAUGACUUUCUCCCGCUACACGACGGACUUCGACUUCGACGUCAACUACGGAGACCUUAGCUUCCUGCCCAACGAAGAGCUGGGCAACUUUGGAUCGCUGAACAUCAGCAAAGUGUCGCUGACUGGAGUGGCAGAAGCGAUUCAGAAGCAUGCCGACAGUGCUGAGCCCAAGGGCAUCAAAGCUCACUUUAGGCUAGAUGAGAGUGGCCUGCUUCACCUAGACUCUGUCAGUUACCUUUUCGACAAAAAGAUUCCGAUUCCUGGAGCUUCGAAGCAAAAGGUUGUUAAGAAAGACCCACCGCCUGCUCCCAAGCCGGCCGAGGCAACCUUUGAGAAGACUGUGGAGGAAGUGGUUCCUCCUGCCGAGGAGUCGACACUGUCACGACUAGGAAGCACCCUGGGAAAACUGUUUUCUGGAAGUUCAGACGAGCCUGCAAAGGAGGAGGUUGGCCAGGAAGCAGACAACAGUACUGCACAGGCCCAUGAGAACACCACUGCCAACCAUGAUAGCGAGAACAGAACACAGGCUGAGCAGAGGAGCGUGGAUGGGGACGCGGCCAGCAAUGAAACUGUCAAGACUACGAAAUUGGUCACAAUCAAGGAGCCGGUGACCAUUCGUUUGACCCUUGUUGACCGGACGGAAAUCAAUGCCGAGCAGCUUGCCGAAUCCGUCAAGAAGCUCUCUGAACUGGACAACAAAGAUAAAGCAAAGCUUGCAAGGGACCACGCUAGGAAUGCCUUGGAGUCGUUCCUGCACGAGACCAAGGACAAGAUGUACAGCGAGGAGUACGAGAAGGCCUCCACUGAAGUGGAGCGUCAGAACAUCAUUGCCAAGCUCACGGAGGGUUCAGACUGGCUCGAGUAUGAAUCGGACAAUGCCGAGACCAAGGCCUUCAAGGAAAGGCUGUCUGGUUUGACACGACUUGUCAAGGACCUGUUCGAUCGUGUACAAGAACACAGGGAGCGACCAGGAGCCCUUGUUGCUCUGAACAACAUGUUGAAUGCCAGCGAGGUUUACCUGUCUGCCAUCACUGGCCUCCAGGACCAGGUCUUCACAGUUGUGGAGAUUGAGACCCUGUCCAGAAUCAUCAAUGAAACCAAGGACUGGCAAGCAGAGCAUGUGACACUACAGGAACAGACUCCGCUGCACGAGGCACCCAAGCUGACCUUGCGCAUGAUCUUCGACAAGAUCCAGGUUUUGGACCGCGAAACCAAAUACCUGUUGAACAAGGCCCAGCGUGCACCACCGCCAAAGCCGACGACCAAGAAGCCCGAAACACCAGAACCUGCGAAAGAGGCUGAGGAGGAGGUUGUGGCCGACGUGGAGAUGGCCGAGGGACCAGUGCCAGUGGAACAGCCAGCAACAGAAGCCGAAGGUGCCAUUCCCUUGGAACCUGUUGAGCCAACACCUGAACAACCUGAAGACGGCCAACACACUGAACUUUGAUGGAUCACAACACCGCACUCUAAUUUAAUGGACUCGUCACUCACCUCACUGUCUACAGCUCGUUGGCAGCCUAGACAAAACUGUUUGAGAGGGUUCCUUUUUUUUUCUCCUCCCUUGUGGAAGUUGUUUUGUACAUAUAUAGCCGGAGUUAUUUAAUGACAACGGGGUGUAAGGUUAGCCGUGUGCUCAUUGAAAAGUGCAGCAGCAGGAGAAUGUUUCCAUGAAACAGUCUGUGCGCUAGCUUCUUCAGAGGCAUAUUGUUCAGAGCGCUUGGAAACAUCACAUUAGACAAUGAGAUAGGAGCGUUAAGAAUGUGAAAAUUUCACUUUUUUUUUUUUCCUCUUCAUUUGUGGUGUUAGUGAUAGCAGCCACCAGCAAAUUGAUAUUUAUCACACUUUCGUUAGCGCUUUGUGCAGAAAUCGAUUUGCCGGGAGCUCCCACGACACUGCAUCUAGCUUGUAAAAUGAUGAGCUGUGCUGUGUUUUGUAGUGUUGUCCCAGUUCUGUAUUAGAGUGGAAUUGGUGGACAGAGUUGUGAAAAAUGUUUUUGAUGCUUCUGUGUGUAGGCUACUGUUCGAAUAGAUGAUUGACAAUGGAAAUGAAGCUGGUGGACUAGCACACAUUGAAGCGUAAUUUGCAGAACCUGGUAAAGGUGUUUUCUGGUUAUCUUAACCAGCAGCAGCCGGUGAGCUAGUGUAAUCAUUGAUAUUUUAUAGGCACAAACUUUUAAAUUGGGCCCUACUGAUACAGUCGCAAUUUGCAAAAGACCAACGGACUAGUACUCAAUAUGGUGGCGUGAAUAUUGCCACAGAAAAGUUCAUUUUUCAUGCUCAUUUAAGCUAUGGUGUAUUGGACCACUUGUUAUGUUGGGUGUGCUUGCUGGACAUUGUAUAGGGGCGUAGACGAAACUGUGUCUUUAUGUGCACAUUUUUUUAGGUGUUGUUUGGUUGCCUUCUCAGUGUUUAGAGGCGAAAAAAAUAUUUUCCGAGCCUUUAAAUCUUGCACUUUGUGUACGGGCUGGUAACUACUACUACAACUUUUUUUUUAUUUAUUAUCUCUGGUUUCAGGCAGGUAUUUGAUUAGGCAGCCUCAGUUUGUGAUAUGUGGAAGUCCUUUGUUUUUUUUUUUUUAUUGCACAUUUCAUUGCACAUCGCCUCUUGUGUGAGAUAUUGAAGAAGAGUGCAGUCCUAGGAAUGAAUUCCUUUCACAUGUGCAAGUACAAAGCGUGUCUUGGAAAAUUCCAUUCGUGCACGAAAAGUGCGGUGGCCACAGCAGUGUGUGAAGUCAAGUGAGAGAGACCGUGGGCAAGACUGAGUGAAUGACCCUCCCCCCUCCCCCUUUUCCCUGACCAGAUGCAGAAUGCUGGCUGCAGUGUAUUUUCUUGUAUGUUGGUUCUCUACACCAUGUACAUAUCGAAAAACAAAUGUCCUGUUUGCAAAUAAAGGCUUGUGGUCUCGUC